UCUCCCCUGCAGGUGAUGAGCAUCUUGAGCAACCCCAGCGCGGUGCCCCCGCAGCCGCAGGCCGACUUCUCCAUCUCCCCGCUGCACGGUGGCCUGGACUCGGCCACCUCCAUCUCGGCCAGCUGCAGCCAGCGGGCCGACUCCAUCAAGCCGGGGGACAGCCUGCCCACCUCCCAGUCCUAUUGCCCGCCCACCUACAGCACCACCGGCUACAGCGUGGACCCCGUGGCUGGCUAUCAGUACAGCCAGUACGGCCAGACUGCUGUUGAUUACCUGGCCAAAAACGUGAGCCUGUCCACACAGCGGCGCAUGAAGCUUGGGGAACACUCCGCUGUGCUGGGACUCCUGCCUGUGGAGACUUCUAGUCUGACUGUGGCUUGA